AGUUAAAACGAACUUCACCGUGAGGCUAAAUCAGGAUUUCACCAUUGAUGUUGGUUUGGCAAAGAACACAAUGAUCUCCAUUAGACUUGCUGGUUCAACCGAUGGAGCACUGAAAGUGGGGGUUACGGACCCCAGUCGACGAAACUGCGCAGCCUGUGAGAUCGUCCCUUACGGUGACACAACCAGGGUAACCCUGCCAGACCCCGUAAAGACGGGUACAUGGACGCUUCAUCUAGAGAGAAACAGCAGCGAUGAAGUCGGCGCCUGCGUGAGUGUGUUUUCACAGCCUACUGACAACAAUACAGACCCCAUCAGAUCCAAGGCGCGAAUGACGAACACGUUGGUUAGAAACAACUCCCUCGCUAUUGUCAUUGUUGAUGUGACUAAAGGAAAGAAAAUCGUUGUGAAUGCAACUGUCACGGCUGAGAUAACCGACCUGGAUGGCGCAACCACAACCCUAAGACCCCGCGACGAUGGCCAAGAGCCAGACGUGUACGCUGACGACGGGAAAUACACUGAUUACUACAACAACAUUAAGGAAAGUGGAAGGUACAUUUUGAAGGCCUACGUGAGUGGUGACAAUGUCAACGUAUCCUGUCGAACGGCAUGUUCUGCGAGCUCCAAUAUGCCCCUCAUAAUGCAGAACAACACUACCGGGCAGUGUAGCCCGUCCCAUAAGUAUCCCAAAAGUUGCUUCCCUUCCUACAACGGCACCUUCAAGUAUAAACGCCAGCGGCCUGGAGAACAGACCAUCAACGGAACUUGGCAUAGGGUUGCCGACGGAGGCUCAUUCUAUCUAGAGGCCCAUAACAUGAGCCUGGAUCCACCCUUGAAACCUUGGAAAUUUCGAGCCUGUUGUGAGAGACUCGGAAAAAAUGGCACUCUCCUUCUAGAGUUGAGUUGGAAUUGGGCCGGUGCUCACCUGAACUUCGGGAAAGCGUCAUCAAUUGAUAUCCGGGUGAGCAAUGAGUCCGAAAGCCUCAAGCAGCACUUCGAGUCCCAGGAGAAGAUUGAUUCAACGAACUUGGUUGAGGGUACUUUAGAACCUGGUGAGGCCCGCACACAUAAUAUUGUGACGAUGUCGCUUCCCCCUGAGUGGGCAGAAGUGACGGAAGAAUACACAAGGUGGAACCUCAAGUUUGCUGCUAGAACGACCAACGCCCUAAACGUGACGUCCGAGCUAUCAGACAUUGCAGAGUUAGACUACUUCAGCCACCGCAAGCACACAUCAGCGGCUCCAGUUCCUACAAGGCACACGGCACCUGAAGGCGGAAACACAGCCGAAUACAACGAUGAGUUGCACAAAUCCACGACAGAAGACUCUGACGACGACGAAAAGUCCACAUCAAAUGCACCAAGGUGGGAGCCCACACGAGACCCGAAAGCUACGAAAGGCGGUAAAGAAUCAACAGACGGACACAGCGACGAAGACAACGAUGACGGCACGACGUCCGCAGCUGCAACGCAAGUGAUUCUGGGUCUUCUUCUGGCAGCAGUAGUGAUCGUUUCUGCCGGGCUAUGGGCCCUUAAAAGAAUGGAGAAUCAACGCGAAGCUGUGACAGCACAAAAGAGUGCUACGGAACUGACUGCGACAACGAACUUGUCAGUGCAGUAGAGUUGAAAACGGUGGAAUAAACUUCAUUGAAGACACU